AUGGUCGGGGACUAUCCUGUUUUUCACAAGGAUGAUACUGUGGUUGAUGACUUUUUCGGCUUAAAAGUCUCCGACCCCUACCGAUGGCUGGAAAAUCCCGAUUCCGACAAAACCAGGGCGUUCGUAGACGCGCAGAAUGCUACUACAAACCUUUACCUUAAUUCUUGUCCUUAUAGAGAACAAAUCAGAUCCAAGAUUGCCGAAUUAUGGGACUAUGAGAAAUAUCAAUGCAUUUUCAAACGCGGACAGAGAUACUUCUACUUUUAUAACAGCGGUCUGCAAAAUCAACCUGUGCUUUAUGUUAUGGAUAAUCUGAAAGGGAGGCCUCUGGUGUUUUUCGAUCCAAACGCCUUCUCUGAAGAUGGUUUAGUCUCUCUCAACGCCUAUGGAUUUUCUAAGGAUGGUGAAUAUUUUGCUUAUGGUCUGAGUAAUGCCGGCUCUGAUUGGGUCACGAUCCGGGUAAGAAAGGUAGCUACUGGUGAAGACUUGGAGGACAAAAUAGAACGCGUCAAAUUUCCUCAUAUCAAUUGGACAAUCGAUAACAAGGGCUUUUUCUACGGCUGUUAUCCUGAUGCAGCUUUAACCGCUGAUGGAACGGAGACCGAUUCCAACGAGAACCAGAAGCUCAUGUACCACCGCUUGGGACAGCCACAGUCGGAGGACGUUCUCUGUGUUGAGUGGCCAGACAAUCCCAAGUUAUUAAGUUCUGCUGAGGUCACUGACUGUGGUCGCUACGUCUUCAUCACGGUUCACGCUGGCUGUGAUUGCAACAAUCUUCUCUACUUUGUGGACUUGGAGAAGAUUAAUUAUGACAUCACCGGCAAGCUCAAUUUGACGCCCAUUUUGGACAAGUUCGAAGCGGUCUUUGACUAUAUAACCAACGAUGGUCGCAAGGUUAUCAUUCAGACGGAUCUCAACGCUCCCAUGUUUAAACUUAUCGCAAUCAAUCUGGAUGAUCUCAAUCGUGAGAAAUGGAUUGAUCUCAUUCCUCACAACGAGCAUUGCCUUCUCGAUUGGACAGCCUGCGUCAAUCGAGAGAAUCUCGUUGUCUGCUACAUGAAGGAUGUUUGUCACCAGCUUUCUGUACAUUCAUUGGACACCGGUAUGAAGAUUUUCUACCAAUUUGUCUCAUUUCUCACACCUGGUAUCAUCUAUUCUUACGAUCUGACCGACACCGAUGCGAAACCAGAGGUUGUUUUCCGGACCAAAGUGAAGGGUUUGGAUCUCUCCAGCUUUGAAGCGAAACAAGUCUUCUAUUCCAGCAAGGAUGGAACCAGAGUGCCCAUGUUUAUCUUACAUCGAAGGGACUUCGUGGCGGACGGUUCUGCACCAUGUCUUCUCUACGGUUAUGGAGGCUUUAGAAUCUCGUUGAAUCCCUUCUAUAGUCUCACAAACUCCAUGUUUCUGCAAAACUUCAACGGCGUUGCUGUUGUUGCUAACAUUCGGGGCGGGGGUGAAUAUGGUGAAAAAUGGCACACGGAUGGAAAAGUGCUGAAUAAACAAAACUCCUAUGAUGAUUUCAUUGCCGCAGCUGAAUUUUUGGUGAAGAACAAAUACACGAAACCGCACAGACUGGUGAUCGAGGGCGGCAGUAAUGGCGGUCUGUUGGUGAGCGUUUGCACCAAUCAGCGUCCAGACCUCUUCGGCGCCACGAUUUGUCUGGUGCCGGUGACAGACAUGUUGCGUUUUCACCGCUUUACCAUCGGUCACGCCUGGCAGUCGGAUUACGGGGAUGUUUCAAAAGAGGAGGUUUUUCGCUACCUUAUGACGUACUCACCUUUACACAACAUUCGGCGGCCGUCCGAGUUGGGCGUACAGUACCCGGCAGUGCUAGUGCUUACCUCCGAUCACGACGACCGUGUGGCACCGUUGCACUCGCUUAAGUACAUUGCCACGCUGCAGGAGGUCAUUGGACGCACCUGUCCCUCCCAGACCAAUCCCCUACUCCUCCGUGUCGAAACCAACAGUGGCCAUGGGGCCGGCAAACCAACCUCAAAGAAGAUUGAUGAACUGGCAGACAUUUUCGCUUUCAUACAAGUCGCCUUAAAUCUGACCUGGCAGCCGUGA